AGACACCAGUUCCAGUGAGCUUCUUGUACGUGAACGAUCUCGUGAACUACCACGAUGACGAUUACGACGACGAAGGCAUGGAUGAUGGUUGUAGUGAUGGCUGUGGUGGUGGUUAUUGACGGGACCAAAGCACUUGACAUUCCGAGUACGAUCGGGAAUGAUUUUGUAUUCGGUAUACCAUCGGACUACGUCUAUCGGCGUAGCUCUUCCAAACGUGUCUUUCUGUCGUCACACAGUGGCCAAACUGUUACUGCUACGAUUGUCACUUCUGGUAGCAACUUCCGCCAUGUCGUUGAGGUACCUGGUGAUCGUGAACUUAGGGUUGAUCUACCAAGUUCCCUUACCUCACGUGGCACUGGUUUGAAGCAGAAUGUUGUUGGAAUACGAGCUGAUGGUGACCUGAGCGUUCAUGUCCAAAUAGAAGCAGGGGUAAACUCUGGAGCCUUUACCCCUCUCCCUACCGGAAGUCUUGGGAACGACUACAUCGUAGGUAUCUACGAGCCACUGACUCUAAAACACACUAAGUACAAGGCAGGCUUUACCGUGACCGCGACGGAAACGGGUGCUCUGUUACAAAUCAGGUUCAGUCAGAUAGUAGCAUUUGGCCACGUCUUAUAUGGUCCUCAUGAUGUCUUUAAGUUUCAGCUUGGGGCAUUUGAGUCCCUGCAAAUCAUGAGUGACAAGGACCUGACAGGUUCACGAAUCAAGUCGGAUCAACCCGUGGCGGUUGUGACCGGAAGUGAAUGUUCGCGAGUCCCGAAGGGAAUCAAGUACUGCGACUACCUAUUUGAGCAAAUGCCGCCAGUACAUACCCUUGGGAAGCAGUUCAUCGUAGCGCCAUUUAAGGACAGAGAAAGCAGCUAUGUUCUUCGAAUCGUCGCCCCUUUCAAUGACACCAACAUCAUCUUUUCAUCCCCACAUGCAAAUGAUGUGCACCUCAACGAAAACCAACACCACGAAUUUAUAUUUACCCGUCAUGUCGAGCUCUCGUUCCGAUCAACCGAACCCGUUCUGGUUCUGCAGUUCAUGAAAGGUUUCCAAUCAGGAGAUUUCGUCGGGGACCCGUCCAUGGUCGUCAUCCCACCCGUCGAGCAGUUCAUCGUCGGGGACUUGUCUCUCACCUCUAUGGACAAUGAUCACGUCACCGUGAUGGUUACAAACUCGAACAUCAGCUUAUCCGGACUGCGCGUGAACGGUAACCUCGUUGGUCGCGAUUCGCCAGACUGGCGUGUCAUUGUAGAGGAUGAUGUCUCAAGUGUCCUCCAUGGAACCUUACAAUCGGGUCGUCACACCAUCGGCCAUACUGAUCCUCAAGCAAGGUUCUUGGUGAUUGGCUAUGGAACGGGGUACCUGAGCGGACGAGCGUUCCCUGUGGCGUAUUAUCUUAAACGAUUGUACGUCCCGAGUACAGAACCGCUGUUCAUUCCUCCAACAGGUUACGAGGUGCAAUGUUACAACUCCUCAAUGUCUAUUACACUGGAUACAUCGGUCUUUCUCGUUCACGGUCCCGAUGAUGUCACCCUCAACGAUCCUUCCUGCAAACACGUGAUCAUCCAGGAGGGCAUCAUCAUGCUUACUACACCCUUCGAUUCGUGUGAUACUCGAGUUCAGGAACAAGGAAAUUCUGUCACGUUCUCUAACACCCUGAGGUUCGCCGACCAUGUCAUCACCCCUGACUCUCCCCUUCGCUACCUCUCCUUCAAAUGCGAAUCGGACCAAGCAGGAAUCAGCGGGAUCUCACCACUUACCGGUGGUCGCCGGGAACCAAGCGCCCUGGUCUUGUCUGAUGCUGUCCUAGGUGACCUGUCUCUUAGUCUUGUCCAGUACAUGGAUGAUGCCUUCGGGUCAUCAUCAAGCAAUGCCUCCUCAGGGACAGACCUGUUUGGGACAUGGAUGGAAGGGGUUCAGCCGGGGCAGAACGUCUUUGCGGUGAACCUGACGUCCUCAGUGGAUGCCAAUGUGUUCGUUGAUUCGUGCUGGACCACUCCAGGACCAGACGCUCAAGACCAGGACACAACGUCUCUCAUCCAGGAUGGCUGUGAGAUUGAUGAUACCAUCCAUAUCGGAGCCUCGGCCGAUGAUCCUCGAUUCAGGCCGAUAGCGGUCGAUGCGUUCAGCCCCAUUGGAGAGUAUAAUGAGGUAUUCAUGCAUUGUCGUGUUCAAGUGUGUCGUGGCCAGGAGUCUGCGGCUCACUGCUGGCAAGAGUGUAGACGAGAACCUCGUAACAGACGACAUAUCCGCGGAGUACGAGAAAUGUACACCAUUUCGACUGGACCAAUCAAGGUCAAGUAAUAAAAAGGAAUCCCAAUUCAUCGGUUUUAUAACUUUAUUUCAUGGCAGACGCGGAAGAACGUUGAUGACAGUGGAGGGGGGGGGGGGGGGACUCUAACAAAUUGAACAUGCAGGCAGUGUUUCUGAAAGCAAUGAGCACUCAUCAUUCACUGCUUCUCUCGAUGCUAAUAGUAGCACUACCCCCGGGGGGUAAACUAAAUUAUCUGCUGCAUAUUAAUGGCUUACAUUCUGCUGCUCAUACCAAAUAACUUUAUUUCAAGGAGUAAUUACUUUUAAAUCCAAUAAUUUAUAAUAAACACAAUCGUAAACUGGUAAAGACUUCCAAGCAAUCAACUCGCGGUCAAUGGCCCCUGAUGUAACAAGUCACAAUACUAAUGUUCGCAUGGACAGUAAUGGACAGGGCCAAUUUUGAAUUUUGCCUUUUAGGUAGAUUUUUCGAAAGUAUUAGCGAUCAUGUUCAUAAAGUCAUGGAUUUUGGGAAACAUAUUGAGUGUUCACGAUUCGGUGACCGACAUGCAGUUAAGUUAUAGCUAGGAGAUGAAAUAUUCGCAACAAAACUAAACAAGAUUUAUUCCAUGUGUGUCGAGUAUCACUGAUCGUGAGCCCUGUACUGACAUGCCCUAUCCAUGUAUACAAAGAAAGAGCUACAAUUCUAGUUUCGAAAUUGUUUGCAGUUAUUUGAAAGUAUAUAUAUUUAUAGGCCCCUGCCCGUGUAUCACGGGUUACUGGACAUGUUCUUGUAGAAUGAUUGUGUAAGUCUUGAAACGAUCUACGCAAAUAAUAUGUACAAAGCUAUAGAUCAAAUGUAUGUAGUUAGAUGUGUAGAUAAAGUAUGAUUUUAGAUCAAUAUUAUGUAAUAUAUUAUGUGAAGUAUUUAUGCACAGAUUUGUAUAAAAUACGUAUGAAUAAAUAUGAUUUCAUGUGAUGUGACAGAUCAUUAAAUAAAUUUUAUCAUGCUGCUUGACUGAUAAAAUGCAAAUCACAUACUUUA